AAAGACCAAACAAGUAGUACAGGACACCCAUAGUGACACUACCCAUAACCCAUGUACCCAUUCAUGCAUAGAUAGAUAAUACAUGUGAAAAAACUGACGAAAAAUCGAACUGGGUAAGAAAAGAUGCCCACAAUUCCAGCACAGCUCAACUGUUUUACCCGCCUCAUAGCCUCCCCUCCUUAUCGUUCUUCACAGUUUAAGACAUUUCGAAAUUGCUUUCGUUAUUUUGUCAACAGACCUUGCUCUCAUCAUCUACUCCAGCACCGCCGGCAGCUUUUGUGUCGCCGCCAUUCUUCGUUCUACCGGCGAUUCUGCGUCUCCUCCAUCCACAACUCAACUCCAGGUGAAGAGAGGUAUGAUGUCAUCGUGGUUGGAGGGGGCCAUGCAGGCUGUGAAGCUGCUAUCGCAUCUGCACAGCUGGGUGCAAAAACUUUGCUUUUAACGCUAAACAUUGAUCGGAUUGCAUGGCAGCCAUGCAAUCCAGCUGUGGGUGGACCCGCAAAGUCACAGUUAGUACAUGAAGUGGAUGCACUUGGUGGUGUGAUUGGGAAGAUUGCUGAUAGGUGUUAUCUACAAAAGAGAAUUCUUAACAUCUCAAGAGGUCCUGCUGUGUGGGCAUUGCGAGCUCAAACUGACAAGAGGGAAUAUGCUACAGAGAUGAGAAAGAUAGUUGAGAGCACUCCAAACCUUUCCAUCAGAGAAGCAAUGGUUACAGAUAUAUUGUUAGGGAACAAUGACAACAUAAAAGGUGUAAGGACAUUCUUUGGGAUGGAUUUUUUUGCUCCUUCCGUAGUUCUUACCACUGGAACUUUUAUGAGCGGUAAAAUUUGGGUCGGCAGAACUUCUAUGCCUGCAGGUAGAGCUGGUGAGUCAGCUUCACAUGGGCUCACCGAGAACUUACAGCGACUUGGAUUUGAAACUGAUCGGUUAAAAACUGGAACUCCAGCACGUGUGGACCAGCGUAGUGUCGAUUUUUCUGGAUUAGAACCUCAGCAUGGUGAUGACGAGGUGAGCUGGUUUAGUUUUGAUCCCGACUUCCAUAUCCAGAGAGAGCAAUUGUGCUGCUAUCUGACGCGUACCACAAAGAGCACCCAUCAGCUAAUUAAGGACAAUCUGCAUGAGACCCCCACUUAUGGAGGUUGGGUGGAGGCUAAGGGACCCAGAUACUGCCCUUCCAUUGAAGAUAAGGUUGUCCGUUUCAAAGAUAAAGAAUCUCACCAGAUUUUUCUUGAGCCAGAGGGCCGGGAUGUACCUGAACUAUAUGUACAGGGAUUCUCCACUGGAUUACCGGAACGACUUCAGUUGCCACUUCUUAGGACUCUGCCUGGACUUGAAAACUGUUCAAUGCUAAGGCCUGCAUAUGCUGUUGAAUAUGAUUUUUUGCCUGCUUACCAGUGUUCUAGGUCUCUUAUGACAAAGAAAAUCGAAGGCCUUUUCUUCUCUGGCCAGUUAAAUGGAACAACAGGUUAUGAAGAAGCUGCUUCACAGGGCAUUAUUUCUGGAAUUAAUGCUGCCAGACAUUCAGAUGGUAAGCCCCUUGUCGUUCUCGAGAGGGAGAGCAGUUACAUUGGUACAUUGAUUGAUGAUUUGGUUACUAAAGAUCUCCGAGAGCCUUACCGCAUGUUAACAAGCCGAUCAGAACAUAGACUGCUUCUUCGGUCUGAUAAUGCUGAUAGUCGUCUCACACCUUUAGGACGUGAAAUUGGUUUGAUUGAUGAUAGACGCUGGAAACUUUACCAGGAUAAGCAAGCACGAAUUUCAGAGGAAAAGAAGAGAUUGAAGACUGUCAAGAUUACAGGAGGAGAUCUGUCCGCUGAUGUUACAGAAUUGUCUGGCCAGCCAGUGAAAGGUUCUUCAACUUUGGAGAAUCUGCUUAAAAAGCCUCACAUACAUUAUAAAGUUCUUGAUAAGCAUGGUUUUGGGAAUGAGCACUUGUCCAAAAUGGAGAAAGAUUGUGUGGAGAUUGAUAUCAAGUAUGAGGGCUUCAUUAAUCGGCAGAAGAGCCAACUUCUACAGAUGGUUCAUCGGCAACAUAUACCUCUUCCACAGGAUUUGAAUUACCAUGACAUGACAACUUUGUGUAUUGAAGCGCGUGAGAAGCUCUCCAAGGUUAGACCUCAAACCAUUGGUCAAGCAAGUAGAGUGGGUGGAGUGAGCCCUGCUGAUAUAACUGCUUUGCUCAUCAUCCUGGAAACCGACCGAAGGAAAGUGCAGCAACAGAAGCGGCACCAAAUAGUAGAACAAAUUAAAAGAGAUGCAGAUCAAAAUGUAUCCAAAGUCCCUUCAUCCUGAAUUAUCUUAUAUCUAUGCUGCCUGCCAACUGGGUUGAUGCAAAUCUUUUAUACCCUUAAAGCAUGCGAUGCAUGAUCUGGUCUUGCAUACCAGAAUUUCAGCCAAGGCAAGGAAACAGAAAAAUCAUAUUGUUCAACAUGUAAACCUUUGACAUAGCAACUCGAAGCAUCUGAAAUCUGUAUGUUGAGUUUCAGAUGAUUUCCAUUAUCAUUCCGAAUUGCUGAGAGCCACUCGUGAAUCAUGUUCGUCGCUUUUGAUCCUGGGAAUGAAGCACUGGAUAGUCAUACUACACGAGUAGAGCCUACUGCAGACCAAUUUUUUGUAUUGUUCAUUCCUUCUCUUGUAUAUCCAAUAUCUUCUGAAAUACGACAUACAAAUUCAAUUGUUUAUAAGAUAUAAUAAUUUUCUGGUAUCGUCAAUAUAAAUUCCAACAUUUUUUGGUAUAGUAAA